AUGACAUCACAAGAACCCACUCGGAGAGGAAGUAUUUCAUGCGAGUACUGUUUAAAACUUUGCCGAAGUAAUCAUGACUUGAAAAGACAUCUAAGAACACACACCGGGGAGAAGCCGUUUGUAUGUAUGGAGUAUAGAGGCGGUAGACGAUCUGGCGUUCACCAAUGCGAAUUUUGUCAGAAAAUCAUGGCAGAUAGAGUUGCGUUAGAGCGACACAGGAGAAUUCAUACUGGAGAAAGACCAUUUGUGUGUGAUAUUUGUUCUAAAGUGGCUCACACCCAGGUUCACCAAGCAUAUAGGGAGGAUUACAGUGAUCGCGCCAAAAGGUACAAGCAUGUGUGCUCUUAUUGUGGGAAGCCUUUCUCUGCGCCGGCACAUCUUGCCAUGCACAUGAGAAUACAUACCGGAGAGAGACCAUUUGGUUGUAAAGUUUGUAACAAAAGAUUCAAACAGAAAA